CGUGUUUGGAGGAGUACUAUACGUUCCUCGUAUAAGUGUAUGAGCGAGACGUAGUGGUGGAAGGGAGGGACAUGUCGUCGUUCCUCAGGAGCCUCUGGAGGAGCAACUCCAAGCACAAGAAGCUUUGCGAGGAGUGGGCGCUUGCGAGCAGUUGCGAGUCGGUGGGCCCGAGCACUAGCAGCCGCACAGGACCCGAUGAGCCCGACCUCCUGCCCGAGACGAGCUUCGAGCUCAAGUACUUUGGCUGCACCCCCGUCGAGUCGCCCUCCAGCGAGAAGGAGACGGCCCACGCCAUCAAGACCAUCGUGUGCACGGCAAAGGCAAGUGGAAAAAAGCUCCAGAGAGUCUCGUUGGCCGUGAGUUUGCGAGGCAUCCGAAUGACGGACCUGACCACCGGAGAGGAGCAGCUCCGCAUCUGCAUAUACAGCAUCUCGUACUGCUCGGCCGACGGGGCCCACGGCAACGUGUUUGGCUUCAUAGCGGCGAACCCGGAGGAGAUCCUCGAGUGCCACGCCUACCUCUGCCCGAAGCGCAAAGUCGCCCAGACGGUCACUCUGGCCGUGGCCCAGUCGUUCAACGCCGCCUACGAGCUUUGGCAACUGGCGGAGCUGGACACGGGCGCCUGCCACCCCGAGCCCCAAGGCCCACAAUUGUCGAAUGGGAAUGGCCUCGCCGAUGAGGAUGGACAUGACGAACAAGAUGAGGGUCACAAAAAAGGAGCUGUUUCGGACGAGAAAAGCCCGGAAGAGCGACGCAAGUGCAAAGGCAGCCUUCGCGGGAGGAACAAGAGCUCGAGCCACAAGACAAACGUCGAGUCCAAAGUUGACUCUUCUUUGAAAAAUAGAGACUCGACUUUCAUUGAUGUGGAUGGUGUUGGCUUCGUUGACAGUAGCAUGACAUGUCCCAUCACGUUCGAUGAAAAUCAUUUCACCUCAGCGGACAAUCAAGUAUCCUUCGAGGACGAGACGUCCGGGGCGAGAAACGGCAUGCCCAUGAAGCCCCUAAACAACAAGUCACCGACCCCGAGCCCCUCAUUGGCCACCAGCACCACCAGCAUCAAUGACUCGACAUCAACAGCAGCGGAACAGACGCAACUGAUCGCGAGCACCUGGACCGAGUCCGAGACGUCCCGGAAACUCGACCUCGUCUGCUCGUCGUAGCGCUUCCGGGACGUGCCG